CGGAGAAGUCCCAGUCUACACACAAUCUCUUCCCAGCUCUAAAUCUCUUUCAAUUCAGAAGCUCACAGUUGUCUCUAGCCUGGGCACCUACACCUUGGAGCGGCCACCGAGAGAAGUUGCCCUUCGAUGCUGAGUGGCCAGGAUAAGCCCAAAGAUUGUCUUCUCAAAGUUCAUUGAAGGCCCAGAAGGAACAUCACCUUGAUCAUCCAAAGCCAAAGAGAAGACUUUGGAGACACCAUUUCUCUGAGCAUGAUGUCCUACAUCAAGCAACCACAUUAUGCCGUCAAUGGGUUAACUUUGGCCGGACCUGGGAUGGAUUUAUUGCAUUCAGCCGUUGGAUACCCCACGACUCCACGGAAGCAAAGACGUGAGCGCACCACCUUCACGCGGGCCCAGCUAGAUAUCCUGGAGGCCCUCUUUGCCAAGACUCGCUACCCGGACAUCUUCAUGCGCGAAGAGGUUGCCCUGAAGAUCAAUCUGCCUGAAUCCAGAGUCCAGGUGUGGUUCAAAAACCGCCGGGCCAAAUGUCGCCAGCAGCAACAACAGAGCAGCGGACAGGCCAAAGCCCGGCCGGCUAAGAAGAAAAGCUCUCCAGCCCCUGAGACCAGUUCCGAAACCAGCGCCAAUGGGCAGUACAGCCCUCUGCCCACCGGCACCUCGGUGGCACCCAGCUCGAGCGCCAGCGCCACUGUCUCCAUCUGGAGCCCGGCUUCCAUCUCGCCGCUCCCAGACCCGCUGGCCUCCUCCACCACUCCCUGCAUGCAGAGGUCGGCUGCCUUCCCCAUGACCUACACCCAGGCGCCGGGUUACACCCAGACCUACGCUGGCUCAACUUCCUACUUCAGUAGCCUUGACUGCAGCUCCUACCUGUCUCCCAUGCACCCCCAGCUCUCCGCACCUGGCGCAGCGCUGAGCCCCCUGGCCACCCCAACCAUGGGCAGCCACCUGAGUCAGUCCCCGGCUACCCUCUCCAGCCAGGGCUACAGCGGCGCAGGCAUGGGCUUCAGCUCGGUGGAUUGCCUGGACUACAAGGACCCCACCGCCUCCUGGAAGCUCAACUUCAAUGCCGCCGAUUGCUUGGAUUACAAAGAUCAAAGUUCUUGGAAGUUCCAAGUCUUGUGAAUGGCGGGCCUGGGGACCCACCUCGGAGGAAGCUCUCGUUUUCCUCGAUCUUGUCUUGGUGGAUCAACCAUUUUUCCUCUCCACUCUUGGACUGUGAGAUAUUCUGCCUCUUUGCUCGAUCUUCUCGUCUUUUCCUUUUCCCUUCCCCGGUCCUGCCUAUCUAAACAUCUGCCAUAGCUUGCUUUUUUCUACCGCUUGGGGAAGCCAACAGCUUUUGAGAGGUCAAAUUGGAGAAGUUAGGAGCCCAGGGCUUGGGGACACAAAACUGCUUUCCAUCAGGCCUUGGGGCUCUUCACCCUUCAGCACCCCAGUUCACCUGAACUGAUGAUUGGACUUCUUGGAAGGGCUGAAGCCCAGACUGGGGAGGGCCUUCUCGCUUCCUUCCAGCAGGACUCAACUCCACUCAUUGGAAGGUCAACAGCCAUGGUGAAGACCAGCCCACAGGACUUUCCAGAAUUUAGUCUCCAGAGGAUUCUGUUUCUUCUGAACCUCCUGAUUCACCACUGCGAGGAUGAGCAACCCAGGUAUCAACCGGUGUCCCAACAGACCUAUCAUGGCAGCCAGCACCCAACAGGAAGACAUCCAUUUUGCAGGAGUCAACGGUUCAGUAGUGUUGUUUGGACCAGAGGUCCAACUCCAUCUCUUUGUCCUCACCUGAGUUUCUGAGUUGAGAUAGCUUCAGGGGGCUUUUGAGUUGACCAGGCUCCUUUUGGCAUUUUCUUCAGUUCUUUGGGAGGGAUAGUUUUUAUUAGCACAUCAUAGAGCGUUACACAAGAGCCAGUUGUGAGUUCCUGCUUAGUUUAUCCUCCAAAAAUCCUGGUCCACGUGUCUCCUCAACCCAUGAGGCUCGUUCCAACAGGAGGGGAGAAAGCCCACCCAUGAAAGAUGGAGUCUCAAGCUAUGGAGAAGUCUCUUAAGGGUCUGCACUCAGAUCCUCCAGGAACAGAGUCUGGUCCGAAAGUCAGGGCUACAUCCGUCGUAACCACUGUAAGAGUAUACACCUUAGUCUCCUCCUUCAAGUCCAUCUGAGAGUGCUUUGCUCCACAAUGAGGUCCUCCUAGCCUUCUUCUCUUAGCUGGUUUCUUCUUUGUGCAAGCAACUACACCGAGAAGCUAAGAGGCUUAACCUUGGGCCAGGGGAAUUAAAAUUACCUUUUAAUCAACCAUCUCAAAUUUGCAGAGGAGCGAAAUCCACCGCAGGAUCAAUCCAUCUACCUAAUUCAUUCUCAGAAAUCUGUUAAGAAUAUUCCAGCAAAUCCCUUUGUGGCUUUCCUAUCUUCCCAACUGCCCCCCCCCCCAACCCUUAGUUGGAGAGACUAAAACAGAAGAGCUGACCCAAGGUAUGUAGAUAGACACAACCGUAAAAAUCAUCCAUCUGGAUAAGAUAUCAGAUGGUGCAUGAAGAAAUUGCUGAUCUUCCAGGGUAUUUUUCCCCCCACCCCACCCAGUGCAAAAUAGGACCCAGUGAAAAAUAGAAGGCCAGCUUUUAAACUUGUUUUGUCCCUGCAUUUGCAGAGAUUAAUGGGAAUUUUUAAAGCCUUCGGAGGGUGGGGAGGAGAGAAGUAAAAUGAUGUGGUUUGAUUCGAAGCAUUCGAUUUGAAUCGUGCAAGAGAACCAAUGCAGAAUCGCUCCGCUUUUUAUGAAAACCGCAACAUUGGACGUUCACUUAGGGAACUCAUUGAUUCUUCCCCCCCACCUUUUUGUAAAAUAAAAAUAAAAAUUAAUAAAUGUUCUAUCCAUUUUGUAAAAAAAAAAAUUAAAGGACAGCAUGGGUGCCCCCGGAAAAAAGGUUGGUGGAAGGAGAGUAAUUGUGAAAAUGUCUUUUUAAGAAGGAAACGCUUUGAUGAUUUUUUUUCCCCCUUCCCAAUUUUUGAUUAAAAAAAAAAACAUAAUAGAAGUUCUAACUGAAUUUUGAAAAAAUUAUAAAAUAGGACAGCAUGGGCACCCUUAAAAAAAAAAGUUAGUGGAAGGAAGGAGGUAUAAUUGUCAUCAUCGAAAAGUUUUUUUAACUAGGAAACACUUUGAUGACAUUUCUCCCCUGUCCAAAUUUUGUAAAAAAUAAUAAUAAUAAUAAUAAACCUAAUCAAGAAUUCCAACAGAAUUUUUUUAAAAAUGUAGAAUAAGCAACAUGCACCCUUUAAAAAAAAAAGGGAUAGCAAAUUGUCAACUUGUCAAACCAUCUUUUUUAACUGUUGCUUUCAUCUGCAGGCAAAAUGUUUUGCUAAUUGUGCACAAUCCAUUCUGAAUCCAGUGCUGAUUAAAAUAGGAAUCCACAUUUUAUACAACAGUCCCAGCGAUCAUUUUCCAUUCACGCCUAAACUGGAGGGAAGGUUUUUGUAUUUUAUGGUCACUACAUUAAUCCUUUAGAAUUUUAAAUGGCAAUGAAACCUCUUUUGCUAGUCAUUUUUUUAAACAUUGGAUUAAAGAGGUGACAAGCAGGCUGGAAAUAAAUAAAUGCAGAAAUCUAACAUUUUCUAUGGCUUCAUUUAUCAAAAGCUGUAUUUUAUUAAACUGUACAGGUAAAAAAUAGUGAUAAGUGUUUAAUAUAUAUAUAUAAUAUUAUUUUUACUUCUUUCCAAUGCAUUUAAGAACUGGACUUUUCAAAUUUAAAAUAAAUGCUUGGUAUUAGAUUAUUAUUAUUUUUUUUUAGUCUAGUUAUCUUAGUCACUUUUUUAACAAAAGAAACAACUUGUCCUUUUGCUGUAGCCGAGAAACAUUUCAUGCAAAUUAUUAUUUUUGUGAAUGGAUCUCUAUUUAUUAUUGUCUUAGUCUGUGGCAAGCUGUUUCCUGUGCAGUUACAUCGAAUUGUUGGUGGAUUAAAAAAAAAAAAAAGCAAA